AUGAGCAGACAGCUACGCAGUGGGCGCAGCUAUGACGCCUUGAAGGAACCCCAAGUUCCUAAACAAAAGACGCAGCAACGCAAGGCCGCUGGGGCAAAGGCCAAUGCCAAUGAACAGGCAUCAGAGACAAACACUCCUGGGGAAAAAAGCCCCAGAGAGAGCGUACACAUAUUAGGCACCGGGAAGCGCCAAGGAGUGGCACUCAUUGGGAACAACGCGGUCAAGCUAGCCCUGUCUGCCUACGCGGCCCUAACAAAUAGGGCCCCACCCAUCCGGAGGGUGCUGAGCUGGCCAACACCAGCAAUCAAGACCCGCAUGAUAGCAGAUUCCCCCAAGGAAGGGGAAGCAGCGUUUCCUAGGAACGCUGAGGCAGCCGUCAGAGUCCCGGGAGAGCAAGAACUUACUCCUGGAGGAACCAACAGAGCGCCGGCUGCCAUUAGAGUGCCAGAGACACCCUUGACAACAACAAGGAGGAAGGACACGUCCUUGGACAACAAUGUUGAGGGUGAACCGCUGUUAGCGCAAUACGUAGUAAAUGACAAUACCAGUAAGAUGCCCUCUGUUAGUAGUGAGCAAAGGAAGCGCAGGCGCCGUAAGUCCAAGGGUAACACAAGAGACCUGAUUGGAAGCCCCAGUAAUGAGUCUAAGUCAAUGGCUAAUUAUGAGGGACUUACCUGGGAUGAGGAGGUCCAACAUGUCAACGGCAAAGACCCGGGUGGCCCAAACACCAGCCUCCCGGACAUUAGCAAAUGGGUGAAUCCCAACUGGUCAUGGUUGGACUACAUCCCCAAAAGCAAUGAGCAGAGCGCUGAGACCAACGGAGAAAGCAUACAGGUCAACGCUCUCAUAUUCAAGGUUGAUGAGAACUACGUAUACAACAACAACAAGUACGUGGAGGUGCUGCGCAAUUUGCGCAAUCAAGACCAACCUGAGAGCACACAUAGCCAGUCCCAAGGAGCCAGCCCAUUGCAAGUUUGCCAAACACACCAAGUCACGGUGGAGGAAAUUGACAAAGAGACUGAAGCAACUGAGACUAGUUGGACGCGCUCAUACGUUGGUAAAGGAAAGGGCAAGAAGAAGCCUAGGGAAAGGAUCAGGAAACGCAAGCGGCCAAGCCUUGGGAUGGCACUUGACAACCUAGAAGGCAGGGAACCCUCAGUCACGUACCAAGGAGGUGGAUACCUGGAAGGACUUAUCAGUCCCUUGUCAGUUCACCCUGCGGCAAAUACUGAGAACAAUCAAGAAACCGUACCAAGGGGUGAUAGGAGCGGGGCUAGAGACAAGACAACAACCCGUAGCAGAAGAACCAACCCAUUGUACUCUACAAUGGAGUCACUGGCUCCAUUGCUUAGACAGGGUGGUGACAGGGAACGCCCGCAUACAAGCAUCCCAGGAAGUGAUUCAGAACCCUCCAACUCAGACUUGUCCAACAGUGACUACAGCUCCACCAACAAGUCUAUCUCCUCACAAUCCGCAGGGACAACAAGACAGCAAACAAGCUGCAAGUUGGAAGACAUAGUCAGAAAACUCAAGAAACAGAACAAACAACUAGAGAAGAAAAUUGUGACACAGGCAAGGUCAGGGUACAAGGCCCAGACGCCUAAAGCUUACAAGGGCAAGGCGGACAUUGAUAAAUACAAUAUGUUUAUCUUUAACUAUAAACUAUACUUGUCAGAUACCAAGCUUAGCAACCGCAAGGCCGUCCUCACAGUGAGCCAAUUCCUUGAGGACAAGGCGGCAACAUGGUACAUGAUGAAUGUAGCGCCAGACCCUGAAGCUUAUACAAUGGAAACAAUAUAUGUUGGACUUUACAAAUAUUGUUUCCCCCCCAACUUCAAGGAGGAGGUGCAACGUCAGUAUAACCAGAAGCAGCAAGGGGACCUGAGCGUUCAGGACUACUUUGCCAAGCUGGCUAGGCUCUGUUGCAGACUUAGGGAUAUCAACAAUAGACAACACGUUCUGAGAAUCUGGGAAGGCGCCGCGCAGUAUAUUAAGGUUGAAUGGGCUCUAAAAUACAUGCAGCCGGAAACUACAGACAUAGAUACACUGCAAGAAGCGGCAUUGGCAGCAGAAAGGGCACAUAAGAUCAAACGGAAAAUUGAAAGGUUGGGAAACAACAAGGGAAAUCCACAGAAAGAGCGGUUGCGUAGCCCCCCCAGGAAGAACAACCGCCAUCCUAAUUACAGAAGCUUGGCUAAUGGAUCAAACGGGAGGAACUGCAACCAUAGAAGUGGGAGCUACAAUGGUAAUGGUAACAGGACAGACAAGCGCCAAGACAAGAAUAGACACAAAACGCAAGAAGGAGGGCGCAAAGAGGCAAACACAAGGAGGGAGAAACUCACAAGUGAAGAACAAGACAGACUAAAGGCUGCUGGGCUAUGCUACGUGUGCCAGAGGUCAGGACAUCUGGCCCAGGACUGCCCAAAGUUCCACAAGGCAAAGCCGUUGCAUAUACGUGCAAACACAGAGUUGGACAAACUUACCCAGCUGAGAGACAGGGUCAAAGUGAACGCCGUUUGCGUAGGGCAAAAGAACAAUGCCACAACAAAGCACAUAGAGCGCAAUGCGGUCAAGAUCAAAGACAACACGCGCAAAGUGCCCAACACGCUGGUGGUCAAAGCAAAGAUAGAAGGCAAGUCAGUACAAGUACUGCUGGACUCUGGGUGCCAAACUGACCUAAUUUUGUCAACACUGGUCAAUCAGCUCAAACUAGAUAAGACGGCGCUGAUGAAACCGCUGCAAGUUCAGCUGGCAAUGGCGGGGUUGCAAGGAACUUUACACUAUUGUGCACAGGCUAGAAUAGAAUAUCAGACAGUGAACAAAAACCGUCAGUUUGACGUAGGGAACUUAGAUAACUACAAUGUGAUAUUGGGCACGCUGUUCUUAUUUCAGCACAGCGUGAGAUUGAGUUUCAACCCGUACAGCGUAUACAUUGGAUUGAACAAAGCGCUGCCAUUAGACAGAGACCAUGUUCUACAGAUAAAUUCACUAUCUACAGAGAUUGUGGGUACAAGGAUGGCUGAGCUGCGUGAGAUGCUCAGGGAGGAGGCAGCAGAAGUAUGCAAGCCAGUGAACGGGAUGAUCCCAUUGCCACCUAUGAGAGCAAUCAAUCACAGGAUACCACUGAUAGACAAGACAAAAGUGUAUAAGUUCCAACCAUCCAGAUGCCCAGAAGCGCUUAAGAGUCAGUUUGAGUCAAAGGCGCGCAACUACCUGGAGUCAGGACGGUGGAAGCAUAGCACGGGAUUGAACGCAAUCCCCAUGCUAUUCCUGCCAAAGAAGAAGGAUGGAAAGGUGGAACUACAAACUGUACUAGACAAGCGCAAGCAGAACACAAACACGGUUAAGCUGGCGUCACCCCUGCCGCUCCCCAAGGACAUCCUGUCCAAGGUUAGUAGACACCAAUACAAGAUGCUAUUAGAUGGGAAAGACGCUUACAAACAGAUAUGCAUGGUCAAGGAUGACGUGCACAAGACAUUAUUCCACACGCCAAUGGGUACAAUGGUCAGUUGCGUGAUGCAGCAAGGCAAUUGCAAUGCCGGGGCAACAUACCAAGCGUUAAUGAAUCACAUAUUUGCGCCGUACAUUGGGGUAUUUAUGUUUGUAUACCUGGACAAUAUUGUGAUAUUCUCAGACACGCUGGAGGAACAUGUAAAGCAUAUACGUACCAUACUGAGAGUACUCAAACAAGAGAGAUUAUUCCUGAGCCCUAACAAGAUGCAGUUCCUAGCGGAGGAACUGCACAUCUUGGGACACAUAGUGGACAAGCAGGGCAUUUGA